UCUCUGAUCAUGCGGAUUUGGUGGAAGUCGAUUUAUGAACGAGGGUAGGUUUAGUGAUAUGACCAAAGAGUAUUAUAAACCAAAUUGAGAUUAAAGAAAAAAAUAUUUAUUUGGAAAUCGAGCUAAGAUUGUAUUAGAAAACAGGAAGUCUUAUAGCCAUGAUUCAUUUUUAACCCGAAAUGAUCAGACUUAAUGACGUUAAGGAGUAAUGAGUGAACGGUUCUUUGUAGAACUUUUAUCAUAGACUCUCGCCCUAGUGGGGAAGCAUUGACAAACAACACUUGAGUGCUCUGUGUGGGGAAGUGGUUAGUGGUUUCCCGGGGAUGCCCAUGGGUGUAAGUUGAUUAAAAACUAAUGAACACGUGAUUUUAUAUAAAAAUGGUAUUUUAUUUUAUCAGUGAUGUUGUAUCUCCACCUGUUACGCUUUUCAUGGGGAUAGACAAGUACGAAAAUGAAGACCUUAUUAAGUGGGGUUGGCCAGAAGAUGUGUGGUUUCAUGUUGACAAAGUGUCAUCAGCCCAUGUAUACCUUCGAUUACGUCAAGGACAAACAAUUGAUGACAUUCCUUCUGCUGUGCUUGAAGAUGCUGCUCAGUUGGUCAAAGCAAAUAGUAUUACAGGAAACAAGAUGAACGAUGUUGAUGUAGUAUACACAAUGUGGGCCAACUUGAAAAAGACAGAUGGAAUGGAAGUUGGUCAAGUGGGUUUCCAUAAGGAUAGAGAGGUUCGGAAGAUAAGAGUUGCUAAACGAAGUAAUGAAAUUGUAAAUCGCUUAAAUAAGACAAAACGUGAAGAACAUCCCGACUUUCGAUUGGAGAAAGAACAACGUGACAGGAAAGAGCGUGAAGAUAAGAAGCGAGUAUUGAGGGAACAAAAAGAGAAAGAAAAAGAAGAAGAAAGGAGAAAGAAAGAGGAAGCAGAGUUAAGAAGUUACAGCACUUUGAUGAGAACAGAAAACAUGACAGCUAAUACCAAUAGAGAUGGCAAUGAUUCUGAUGACUUCAUGUAAUUUCAAAUAUCACUGCAAGAAUAAAUGUUUUGGUUCCUAUGUUUCAUUGAAAGUAAUUAUUCUUUGCUAAUGGAGCAGUUUUAUUUAUUGAAAUAAAAAAAACAACAAAAAUACAACAGUGACUGGAAAAUGUAUAAAUGUGUAUUUGUUAAAACUAAAUAACAUUCAUGGAAUGCCAGUUAAAUGCUUUUAAAUGUCUUUUGUUUAUAGUGAAUCCUUAUUUAUCCAAACAUAGGUUGCUGAAUACCAGUGAUAAAGAAUUUUGUUAAUUUCAGAAAAUGACAUGGACAGCAUUAAAGAUUCAUUUGAUGAUAGGGAAAUAAAUUGGUUGGCAGAUCCUAAAGUUCAUUUCAACCUUUUUUGGAAAGAAAUCAAGUAAACUAUCCUUAGUAGUUUAAAAAGUAUGAAGGAAGCUUACCAAUAGCACAAUUUGUAUUUCCAGGAUUUUGGGUUCAUCACAGAACUGAAGAAUUCAUAAAACAAUCCAUAUACUGGCAACUAUGAUAAAUAGGUUAAUGGAUCUCUUUUGAUUCUUGUUUUUAAGAAGAGGGCUUUAUUGCCUGAAAGUGAUCUUUAGCUUAUUCAUUCUAAUAGUUUAGGCCAGGGUUCAACAAAAUUUAGUGUUGGGGGGACAAACUAAUAAUUCAAUUAACUUCAAACAGAAACAAUUUAAUAUUACCCUUUUUUCAUUUCAAAAUAAAAUGUACCAAUAAGAUUUUACAGUAAAAUUAUCAAUUGCUUUGGAAGGGAACAACUCUUUAUUACUUUUUUUUUUUUAAAUUACGCACAGACAGAGAGAGAGAGAGAGAGACACACACAGAGUAAUAUAAAGAAGAUAUUUCCAAAAUAUGAGAAACACCUUUCACAGCAAUGAAGGGACCAGAAUAUUAAUUUUUCAGUUAUUAAAAUUUGGCACUACCAGAAGCAUUCUUAAUAUAUAUCAGAAUGCAUUAUAACAAAAUCUAAAGUCAGAGAACUACACUGUACCCCAUAUACAUCUAAUGACGUGCUCAGUUUCUUUCAUCCCCCUCUGCCAUAUUUUCCAGUAUCACCAUCCUCCACACUUUUCCUUCUAGUCUGGAAGCUGAAUAAAACCUGGCCUCAGAUCAAUCCUACAGGCCAUGGUUUGGUUCCAUCCAUGGUCCAUUUAGGGCCAGGGUCUUCAAAAUUUUACACUUUUAGGAACCCUUCAAGCUCACGAUUUUCUUGAACCUCAUGUUUAAGAUAGCAGGUCAACAAGUUUAUCAAAGCUUUUUUCCUUCUGAAAUUCAUAAAAUUAUUCUUUUACCUUCAUUUAAUUGUAAUACAAAUAUCUUAAUAAGGGAAUGAAUAGUGAGGUAGUGUAUGGGUUGUUUACUUUUUAGAAUACAUUUUAUGAAUAAUUAACGAAAGGAACAAUCAAGGAAUAAAUUAAUAAAAAAUGUACAUUCAAUUCAUAUUAAUAUUGUAAUUAUUACUUUAAUAUUAUAUUAAUGUAAUAUUUUAAUAUGACAGUCCACUACAUUGUUCCAAUAUGAAAGAUUCCUUGUACAUGAUUUUCAGUAGGUAUGUUUUGGCUGAGCAAGUGAUCACUUGUGGAACCCCUGUCAAUAUUCAGGGAACUCUGAGGUUCCAUGGAACCCAGGUUGAAGACCCCCUAAUUCAGGGUAUUGUAAUCGCUCACAGCAUUCCAAGGUAAGCUAUUAAUUAAAUAGGGCAAAACAUAACAUAAAAUGUUUCACGAGAUGAAGAUUGUAAACU